CUCUGCCACAUUCUUACACCGCACCUCAAACUAUUUUCUCGCACCGCGGUGCAUCUGUACUAACCGUAAUUCGGCAACACCUCGUCACAGCACUCAUGGUCAGAACCCUGCGUCAAUUCUUGCUUCUAAAUGUCAGUUGCCCACGGUAACGUCGAAUAGUCCUGUUGUGUGAGCAGUUUUGCUCCUCCAGAUCCAUAUAACUUUCGGCGCGAAGGACCUCACAGCCGCAGCUUCCAUGAAUCCUGCCUGGUAGUCCUCAAAUACGCGUCCAGAUAUUGCCCAACAUGUAUCUGCCACGCGAAUUGAUUUCGAAAUUAUAUGUACAUCUCCAGAACACGCGGCAUCCACUUUCUCCUCCGGUCCUCAUCCUCGCGGCCCUCGAACCAGAUGCCCUCUGCGCCUGUCGCAUUCUGACCCGACUCCUCAAGCAUGAUUACAUACCACACAAGAUCCAUCCGAUAGCUGGGUAUGGCGAUCUCGAACGCGCAGGACAGGCGCUAGUAGCUCCCAUGAUGGAAACGCGGGGAGGUAGUGGAGGAGUCGUUGUGUGCCUGGGUGUCGGUGGCAUGGUGGACAUGGGCACUAUUCUGGGUCUGGAAGUUGAAGGCGAGGAGUCGAGUUUUGGCGGUGUUGAAGUCUGGAUUGUUGACGCACAUCGGCCGUGGAAUUUGGGCAACGUCUUUGGAGGAUACCCGCUGGAGCCAGCUUCCGAUGUAGCGACAAGUUACCAAGCACGCGCACCCGAGGGCGUCAUCUCAGGUCGAAUUGGACGUUCAUAUAAGCCUGGAAAGGGUGGCAUCGUGGUCUUCGAUGAUGGUGACGUCGCAGAAGGACUCGACACCGAACGAGACGCGUACCUGGCCCUGGUGGAUAUGCCAGACAUCGAAGACGACGGCGAUAUAUACGGUGACAGCGACUCGGAAUCAGACGAUGAGGUGGAGGAGCAGCAGCCAAAACCGGGCCAGAAAAGGAAGUCAUGGUCAGAUCCAGAUGAGGAAAGCAGUGAUGAUGAUGAUCGGCCGCGGCAAAGGCGACGGAGCAACUCAUCGACGCCUAUCCCAGAUUCACCUCGUCCAGCUCAACGCGGCCUGAUAUCGAUACGAGACCCUGGCAUGAUACUAUCUGACACCGCAGAAGAUCCACCCUCAGCAGCCCAGCCUCCCAAACGACCGUCGGCUCGCUCACUCCGGAAAAAGCUCUUGCGUAUGAAAGCUGAACACGAGGGAGUCUUACGCAAAUACUACCGCAUGGGAGCUUCGUACUCGGAACCCAUCACGGCCAUGAUUUAUUCCUUGGCGUCCGAACUAGGUCGAGAAGACAAUAACGUGCUUUGGCUGACCAUUGUGGGUGUGACGUCAAUGGAGCUCUAUGGUCGAUCAUCAGCAGGUCUUGCGGUCACUGUCCGAGGCCCUGAUACGACAUCUUCGACAGGCUGGAUGGGCGUGCGCGGCGCGAGACUACGGCAACUCUUACGAGAUGAAGUACGACGCCUCAACCCCCCAGACCUUGCGCCUCUGAAUGGUCGGGUGUCACCAGCCGAAAGUGCGGGAAUCAUCCCAACUACAGCUCGCAGUCCCGAAGACACGUCAAUCCGGCUCUCGCCUGAGCCCAAAUUCCUCCUCAUCCGGCACUGGUCUCUCUAUGAUAGCAUGCUACACUCUCCUUAUCUCUUUGCCAAACUACGCAUUUGGAGCGAGAGUGGUUUGAAGCGUCUGCACAAGCUUCUUGCCAAGAUGGGCGUCAGUCUCGUGCAAUGCAAACAGAGCUACACCCAUAUGGACAUGAUGCUUAAAAAAGAACUGCGGACGAAGCUUCUCAAAUAUGCCUCCUUGUACAAUCUUGACGACAUGGUUCCGGCCGCAGAAACAGACGGCCGUGACCGCGCUGGCACUAAAGACGGCUGGGGUUUCGUCCGCAGCUGGGGCUGGCGUGCUACGCUCUCAGCACAGGAUGUGGGCGUUGUCAUCGGUGCUCUGCUGGAAGUAGGCAAAUACGGUGCAAGUAUCGCAGAUGACAGCCGGAACCAAUCUAGCCAAGUUACAGAGGUCAUAGACGAUGGUGGCGUAGCCGAAUCACAGGAAUGGGUCGGUCGCUUCUGGGAGGCGUAUGAUGCGCUUGAAAAUAUCGAUGCUCUCAAGGCCGGCCUGCCAACUGCGCAGUACCUACAUCGUGCCAUAUUUCGGACCGGCACGAGUCUUCUCGGAAAACGACAGAUCAAACACUUGCACGCGUUUCGAAUGUGUGUCAUCAAAGACGUCCCUGAUGCGCCGCUUUUCAACCACCCGGCUGCACUGACGAAACUCGCGUUGUGGAUCGGCGAGGCGCUCGCAGAGCAGGAGAAGGAUGCUACGGGGAAACUGGCGCAUGGUGGCCGUGGCACACCACUCGUGGUCGCAAGCUUGAACGAGAAAAGGGGCGUCUACGUUGUCGUUGGCACGGGCGGAGGAGGCGGUCCGGACUUGGCAUUUUUGGACAGGCAAGGUGCCAAAGGCAAGGCUGCCAAGAGAGAAGCCAAAGCCAAAGAGCGCGAAGCAAAAUACAAAAUAAGGGAGGAGAAACGAGCAGCAAGAAAGGCGGAGCGUGAUGAUGAAGAUGACGAAGAGGACGACGAAACAGAAUCGGAUGGCAGCGACUCUUCGGAUUCGGAAGACGAAGACGAAGGCUUGGAAGCCCGAAAGGAGCGCGGCUAUGGACUGAACAAGUUCGGCAGCGCGUUCCAGGACGUCAUUGCUGAGACCAAUGCCCGCGUCAGGAUCGAUAGCUUUGAGCACUGCGUCGUGGAGGUGCGCAAAGAUGACUUGGGCGGUUUCCUAGAGAGCUUGAGCAUGAAGGCUGUUGUGGGCUGAAAUCCGGCUACGGGAGCAUUGCUACUUGGCGUUGAGGCGAUUCGGCUUGUUCGGUGAAUAUGGAAGGGCUCGGGUUUGAGGUACUUAAGUAUAAGAGUGAACAGUACAAUUGGAGUGAGCUCACGAUGCAUGGAUAAUGACGAAUUGGGGCUUUUGGUGUCGCUGUGGAUACUCAAUGUAGCGACAUGUGCUUUUUCCACGCAAACAUAUCAUGGUCGAGACAAUAUACAUGCUUGAUCAUGCUUUUCCAACGGUUCCAUAUAGGCAUCGGUCUUUUCAUGUACUACAUACAGCCCAUUGGCGCUUGCACAUCAUCAUAUGAUAUCUAAGUAAUAAAUUAUAAUUCCACGC